UGGAAGGCGGGGCUGCUCCUACUGCCCGCCCCUCCGCUUCUGCAAUUGGCUGUGCGAUCUUGGGUCUCCGUCCCACAGGCCUGCGCCUGCGCGAGGGCUAGGGCGGCGAGUCGUACCUGAUGGUUGGAGGUAGUAACCUCCGCUUCUCUUCCGCUGGCGGGAGAGUUAGAUAGACUCUCAAGAAAACACCAUGAAAGAUACUGAUAUCAAGAGACUACUGUAUACCCAUCUUUUAUGCAUAUUUUCAAUUAUCCUAAGCAUCUUCAUCCCAUCAUUCUUCUUGGAGAACUUCUCAAUUUUGGAAACACACUUGACAUGGUUGUGCAUCUGUUCUGUUUUUGUAACUGCCGUCAAUCUAGUAUUAUAUUUAGUAGUGAAACCAAAUGCAUCCUCUAAAAGAAGUUCAUUAUCAUACAAGGUAGCGAGGUUUUUGAAAUGCUGUAUCUACUUUCUUAUGUCAUGUUUCUUCUUUCAUGUCAUUUUUGUUCUAUAUGGAGCACCACUCGUAGAGUUGGUGUUGGAAACAUUUUUAUUUGCAGUUACUUUGUCAACCUUUACUACUGUACCUUGUUUGUGUUUGUUAGGGCCAAACAUCAAAGCAUGGCUAAGAGUUUUCAGUAGAAAUGGAGUUACAUCCAUUUGGGAGAACAGUCUUCAGAUCACUACAAUUUCUAGCUUUAUAGGAACAUGGCUUGGAGCCUUUCCUAUUCCACUCGAUUGGGAGAGACCAUGGCAGGUAUGGCCCAUCUCCUGUACGCUUGGAGCGACCUUUGGCUACGUGGCUGGCCUUGUGAUUUCACCACUCUGGAUAUACUGGAAUAGAAAGCAACUUACAUACAAGAACAAUUAAUUGGAGCAAAGGGAGAAGAUAUUUCUUUGUGCAGAUUCCAUAAAGACUGUGCAGAAAUGUUUAUGGUCUAAGCCAGGAAGUUCCAUUUACAGCACUGUUUUUUUAUGUAGUUACAACAUGGUGUGAUUGUAGCUUUUUAAACUAUGAAACCCCUGAGAGAUUGUACCUUCUAGUUGAAAUAAAGUAUUUAUAAUAGA